UCAUCAUCUUCUCUUACUCUUUGCCUUAUGAUCAACAUCAUCACUUUGUAAAUUCUUCAAUGCUUUGUGCUCGUCCCUCUCUUCUUAUUCUGCAUAUAUAUCCUUUCCAGCUGGUCUGAAGCUACCUGUCUCUCUCUCCCAUUUUCUGAUACGAUCGAACUUUUCAAGAAUUAAAGCAUGUCUGAUCAUUCGUCGGACUCUCCAACCUCUUCACCAAAAGCUCAGCUCCACAACCACCCAGAUGUAGUCAGCGACGUGAUUCUGUGGAGAAGGAAGCAACUGAAUGUUAUAAUCCUGGCAGCGGCCACUGCAGCAUGGACAGCAAUGGAGGUCUACCAAUUCAACUUCAUAACUCUGCUUUCUUGGCUGGCAAUGGCCCUUCUCCUCUGCCUAUUUUUCUGGGGCACCAUUCAUCGCCUCUUGAAAAAAGAGGCGCCUGACCUGUCAGAACUAGAGAUCAGCGAGGAAACAGCAACGGAGACAGCAAAGUCACUUAGACAACGUGCGGAGGAAGGGAUUCGGCUGAUGUUCCACGUGAGUGCCGAGAGAGAAUGGUUCGUGUUUGCGGGAGUUGUGGCAUGUUUGUAUGCAGUCGCCGAGCUGGCGAGGCGUUUCGAUUUUCUUACGCUUUGCUACAUAGGAGUGGUGGGAGGAAUGACGAUACCUGUAAUUUAUUUCAAGAACGAGGAGAGGAUAAGAGAGAUGGGAGAAAAAAUGAGGGUGAAAUCAGGGAGUACGUAUGCGGGAGUUGAGGAGAAGUUACAGAAGAUGAGGAACAAGAUUGGAGGGAGGAAGAAACAGAAGAAGAUGGAGUAGGUAGCAUACUCCUCAUAUCUUGGGAUCUUGUGUUUACCUUUUUUUGUCCCCUUAGAUUAGCAAAAGUUGUAAUUUUGAACAUAUUUUUGUAUAUUGAUGGAUAAUCUAUCUAGAAUCAAUAAAAGAAGGGAUUAGUAGAGA